AUGGAAGGAAAAAUCAUCAACGAUCGUUACAAGGCGAUCAGAGAAUUGAAGGAGCCCAGAGAUGGGAAGAUUUACUACGUCGUCGAGGAUACCAAAAACGACAACGAGUUGAAAAUGCUGAAAGGAAUUGGGCUCGUCACCGACAAGCAAGAAGAAGACGCGAAAUCGGAAGUAGCGCUGCUUCAAAAACUAGACAACGACUACGUCGUCAAACUGCUAGAUGAUUUCACCUUUACUGGUCCGAAAAAUCUGGAGUAUCACGCGCUGAUCCUGGAAUACCUUCCAGGCGGCGAUCUGUCCGAGUAUUUGAAGGAAAAACUUCUCAAUGAGGGAAAAGAAACGGAGGAGCCCUGGGAUGAAAACGAAGCUCUUCGAAUUACAGCUCAACUGGCUGUUGCUCUAGAUUACGUCCACAACCAAAACGUCGUCCACCGAGAUGUCAAGCCGGAAAACGUCCUUCUCUCCGCUGACAAGAAAACUGCGAAACUGGCCGAUUUCAACAUUUCGCGGACCGUCGAAUCGACCAUCAACACUGGCGUCGCUGGAACCUUCGAUUACUACCCUCCUGAAACGAUCAGCAAUCAGGAAAAAGAAAAAUUGUCUUUCAGACGAGAUAUUUGGUCCUAUGGAGUCGUCAUGCAAAUGCUUUGUACUUUCAGAAACCCUUUCGCGACUGGAAAUCUUAUCCAAACGAUCAACAACAUCGCCCAAAACAUUCGAAAUCCAGCUGAAGUCGCUUUUCCUGUCAUGGAAAGUCUGAUCAAGCAAUGCUUGGUCGUUGAAGUUGGCGAGCGAGUUGAAAGCGUGACUGCUCUGAUGAGGCACCCUGUUUUGUGGAGUUUAAUUGAACAGCUCAAGAAUCGAAUCAAACCGGAAAACCUCGCUUUUGGCCUUAAUCGAUUAGAGACGAAGGAUGUUAUCAAGGAUCAUUUGAUUGGGCAAUUGCAGAGAAUUGUUGCUGAGAAUCAAUGUAAAAUCUCGAAGCUAACGGUCGAGAAUACGAAAAUGGCCGAUUUUAUGUCAACUGCUCGAAAAAUGAUGGAAGAAGCUGAAAAGAAAAUCUCUAAGCUCUCAUCUGAAAACCUUGAAAAGGAAAAGAAGAACUCUGAGCUUCAAGAAAAGAACGUUUCUCUUUCAAUUUGGAAACAAACCGGCUAUCAGAAGAUUGAUUCGACCGUUGAUAACAGAAUGACAGUAAGGAUCCUGCUGCCAGUGUUCUUAUUCUUCUUACUGUCGUUUUUCGUCGCGUUGGUGGCGGCGAUCUACAGAUUGGUUUAUACGAUGAUUAUCAAGUUCAGACUCACGCAGAGGUUCAGACGGUCUGCCAGACAUAAUUUCAGAAGCGAUGGAAACUCGGCCCCGCCUUAUCCAUUUAUGGAAGAACCGCCAUCUUACAUUUCCUUGUUUCCUGCUUCCUGUCCACAGCCUGGCGUCAUUGCGAACAUGGCCACAGCGCAAAUGUCUCACGAUGUCGACGGACGGCCGCCGUGCUGCUCGCCCUUGCCGCCCGCCGAGAUUCAUGCGCAUCCGCAUCUGCCAGUGAUACCUGCUAAUCUCGCCCGCAACGAUCAUGUGAUAAAGGUGAAAGAAGAAGCAACCGAGCGAAAACGAACGUAUACUUUUUAA